CGCACACUGAGUGGACUAUCUUUAAGGAAAGUGAAGAAGUGGAGGUCGUAAUGACGGUGGGUAUAUUUUGAUACCUUCAUCAGCAAAAAAAAUCUUUGAUGUUGAGUCACAGGGAGAGAAGGAAAUCAUGUAUUUAUGAAUGAAUGAUUUGCAUCUGGCUGAGUCGCGGAGCUGCAUCACACAGCCUCCAUUCUCCACCUGCACUGCAGAACUUUUCUAUGAUCUUCACUGAGACAAAAGUGCCUGAGUCUGCAUACCCGCCCAGAGUCAGGAGAUGGUGAGGGAGGGAGAGGUGGCACACCGCCAACACAGAGGACAGGGGGAAAAGUUGAGUGAGGCGGUGAGAGGAGUCAGCUUCAUUUUGCCGUCCGUCUGUCUCUCUGUGCGUCCUAGCCUUUGUCUCUACGUUCUCUCUCUCUCGUCCCGGCUGAAGCUGCACUAUGGUUGUCUCUGCAGUGCAUGUGCCAGAUUCUCCUUGAGUGAACCCUGACUGUACGCAGUGUGUGUGUGUGUGUGUGUGUGUGUGUGUGUGUGUGUGUGUGUGUGUGUGUGUGCCGUUGCACUGUCCGCACUGACUCAGCUGAGCAGUCAGCCUGCCGGCCUCUGAGGGAACACCAGCUGCAGGAGCAGGACAGCUGACCAGACUCUCAGGUGGACUCAUUUCUCCCAGGACUUGCCUUAUUUGGGGACUGGACACCCAGAAAUCACUACAAACAGAACAAUCUGGAGUUUGGGCUUGAUCUUGUAGGAAAAUCCAUUUUGGAGCACACCCGGCUGUUAUGGAGGUCUGGUGCAAUGUGGUUGAACCCCAGUGUCUGCGUCCUCCUCACAUAAUCUUUGGCUUAAUCGUCUCCAUGCUGCUUGGUGCGUGGCCUGCUCAGGCUCUUGAGAUGUCUGUGGGGAAAGUUCCCUUUCUGGAGGCAGUGAAUGGCAGCACGGUCAUGUUGCCAUGUGAGUACUCCAGCUGUAUCGGCAUUGAGAACCUUUACUUCAACUGGCAGUUUAAUGACAAUGGCACCAUGCAGAAGGUGUGUGAGUCAGUAAUCCCAUCAGAUGAAGUGAUGGUGCCAAAUGUGAAUAUAUUUCGGGACAGGGUGGAGUUUGUUGGUAAGAACCAUAAGCAUAACAUCUCCAUUUUGCUGUGGAACAUCACGUUCGAGGAUGGAGGCCAGUACACGUGUUUUGGACGCAACCCCAAAGAAAAGGGCAGGAACCACAGUGCUGUCUUUACACUCAUUGUGGUCGAGGAGUUGAGGGUGGUGGACAACACACUCACCAUCAUCAUAGCAUCUGCUGUAGGUGGUGCCAUCGCACUGUUGAUGGGCUUCAUGCUGAUCAAGAACCUCACUCUCUUUGUUCUUUCUAAACUUGAUGAGAAAAAUAAGGAGUGCCUUGUAACGUCAUCAGGAAUCGACAACACAGAAAAUGGCCUCUCAAGAGCCAAAGGUCUUACAAUACGUGCCUGGCUGUGGCCUCAAAAGGGCACAAGAGUGACACAGGUUGUAGCACAGCCUGCUACCACCUGUGCACAGUUUAGAGACUGUGAAUAUGAUAUACAUUAGGCUAAAGAAUGUGCAUGUCAUGAAUGUACACAUGUAUUUAUUAUGUGUAGAUGAUUAAAUCAGGUGUAAUUAAGAAAUUAUGACACCUACCAGAGACACUUCAUCUGAUCUACUGUAUAAUUAUAACUGCCUGCUAUCUUAACAACAGCAUAAAGAAGAA